UGUUGUAAGUGCCUCUUUGGCGGUACACGGGGAAUAGUGGGGCUAAUCCGAGGCGCCGGCCGCACGCUCCGCGCCUCGCAGCCAUGCCUCGCAAGAUUGAGGAGAUCAAGGUCUUCCUGCUCACAGCCUGGCGGAAGGACGCCAAAUCUGUCAAGAUCAAGAAGAAUAAGGAUAAUGUGAAGUUCAAAGUCCGAUGCAGCAGGUACCCGUACACCUUGGUCAUCACGGACAAGGAGAAGGCCGAGAAGCUGAAGCAAUCCCUGCCCCGGGUUUGGCCGUGAAGGAGCUGAAAUGAGCCUGACAUGCUGACCUGUAUUAAAACGUUAAAAA